UAAGGAUGUCGUUUACCCAUGGCAAGGUCUCUCUCUUGUUCAUCUGCAUGAACGUUCUCGCUCAUCCCACUCUCCUCCGCCGCCCUCCCAGCCUCAAGCGGCGGUUCCCCUUGACCUCCCAUGGGUGCACCUCAGGCUCGACGUAGUAUAACAUGUCGUCGACGCCUUCAACAUACUGCCCUGAGCGGGCGGCACCUGAACCGGCCCAGGACAAGGACGAACCGGCAACCCUUCCAUCGCCGAGCUCGGAGAACUCGGAGGUAAGCCAUGCCGCCGUGGCUACCCAGGAGAACAACGAGAACCUGACGUCCGGCCUUCCCUUUUCGAAAGCGCGAUGUUUUGGCCUCGUGGCUACGUUGACGGGUGCCAGCUUCUUGAAUAGCAUGUCAGGGCAAGCAGUGGUCAUAAUUCUCCCCACAAUCGGCCGAGAGCUCGGUAUCCCGGAGUCGCGGCUGCAGUGGGUCUUGUCAGCGUAUUCACUCGCCUUUGGAUGCUUUCUGCUCUUCUGGGGGCGAGUAGCCGAUAUCUACGGAAAACGCAAAAUCUUCGUCGCCGGCUCGGCCUGGCUUGCUGCCACAACCCUUGUCAAUCCCUUCUUGCCCAACGAGAUCGCGUUUGAUUUGUUUCGAGGUCUCCAAGGACUGGGUGCUGCUGCAAGCGUGCCGACGGCGAUAGGAAUUCUGGGCACAACAUUUCCUCCCAGCAAGGCCAAGAACUAUGCUUUCAGUUGUUACGCUGCCGGCGCUCCGCUCGGUGCCGUGCUUGGAAAUAUACUUGGUGGCAUCAUCGCCGAGUACGUCUCUUGGAAAUGGGUGUUUGUGGCAAUAGCUCUGGCAGCUUUUGCCAUUACUGCAGCUGGAGUAUUCGUCAUCCCGCCCUCUGAGCGCGCUGGCAGCGACGGUGGUGCCGAAAAGCCGUCCGUCGACUGGUUGGGGGCCGUCUUGAUUACCGUCGGCCUGCUGGCUCUCCUCCUGGCCCUGACAGAAGGGAACGUCGUAGGAUGGAGGACGCCGUGGAUCUCCGUGGUUAUCGUUGUAUCCGUCAUGCUCGUCGCCCUCUUCGCCUUUUGGCAGCACCACCUCGAAAAGACGGGCAAAAGAGCGCCAAUCUUGAAGGUGUCCAGCUUCCGAAACCCACAGUUCAGCGCCGCCAUGGGCACCAUGGCACUCUUUUUUAGCAGUUUCAACGGUUUUCUUGUGUACGCGACCUACUUCUACCAGGACUACCAGGGGCUCUCCCCGCUGAACACGACACUGCGGUUCCUACCCACCGGCAUCAGCGGCUCCAUCACGGCCGCCGUCGUCUCGCAGCUACUGGCGCGAGUGCCGACGUACCUCUUGCUGGCGUUCGGCAACGCCUCUGUGUCCCUCUCGGCGCUGCUCUUUGCAGUCCCCAUCCCUCCAGAGACUACGUACUGGGCCUGGUCAUUCCCGGCCAUGAUGAUCUCGGUUUUUGGAGCCGAUACGACGUGGCCGUGCCUGGUUCUCUUCACCAGCCACUCACUGCCGCCCCAAGACCAGGCUCUCGGAGGUGCGCUCGUCAACGCAAUGGGCCAGGUCGGCCGAGCCAUUGGGCUGGCGGUAGCGACGGCGAUCCAGACGGCAGUCAUGUCCACUGAGAGAGGAGUGAGCGUGGAGGAGGCAGGCUCUGUCCAAGUGGGUGAUCGGGCUUCGCUGCUGGGCCUUCGGGCCGCCGAGUGGUGGAACUUUGGGCUGGGCAUUAGCGCGCUGGCCGUGGUGUUGGUUGCGUUUAGAGGGACUGGGAUCGUGGGGAAGGCUGGAGUCGCAAAGCCAAGUGACUCGGAAGGGCCGGAACUUCCAGCAGAGGGCCGCAAGCAAGAACAAGCUGCCGCCAGCUAAGUGCAAGACAUACACUCUUCCCCGUGUCCUCCCCGGUGCCUCACGCGCAGCGCGUUCGUGUUGCAGGCUCGCACAGCAAGCUGGCUACCUGCGGUGUUGAACUGACGGGAUUUCAGCAGCAAUAUU